UUGGCCCUGGGAUGGCGGAGGAAUGGAAUCUGGACACUGGAGAGGCAGUUUACAGGUCCCGAGAUCCUAUUAAAAACCUAAAGAUUCGUGUGUUACUACAGCGGGUGUCUCCUGUCAGCGCUCUGGUACAGAGAGUGGAGGAAGAUGAUGGAAUCAAAGGCGAUCUGCAGUUGCGAGAACUAAGUUCCAAAACAAACACCAGUGGAUAUCGGCCUGAUGAUGAAGAAGAAGAAGCCGUAAUUUGUUGGCAAGAGAAACUAUUUAGUCAGUUUGAGUAUGAUUUGUACAAAAAUGAGUCUGCUUGCCGGACACCCCUGGAUCGCCAGUAUCACCAAGAUGUUUUGUCCUUGGAGCGCAGAAGUGGAAGGAAAAACAAGCGUAUAUUUACUUAUACAGAUUAUGACCGCUACACCAACAUAGAGGAGCACAGUCAGUCAGUGACUACUUCCCGUCAAGAAACUCCUUCAUUCUUGGCAGAGCGCAUGGCAAACAUCCGUCGAAGGAGACAGGAAAGAAAACCUCUGGAUGGAGUUGGGGCGCGAACUGUUGUCACACUGGAGCCUUCAGAAGAGUUUAUUAGGAAUAAUCACAUUCUUAAUACUCCUGUGCAAACUAUGUAUAUAAUGGGAGACCUUGGACCAAAUGGAAAACUUGGCCUGAGGGAAAAUGAACAUGUCCUUUGUACUAUUCGAGUGGACAGUAAUGGCGUUAUCACUUUAAAACCUGAUGUCACUAACACAAAGGGACCUUACAGGCUUGAGUUGGGGUGUCACAAGCGGGAAUUGUGGAAGUAUAGGCUGCAGCAUGUGUCUGAGACUGUUCAAAGGGAAGAACAGGAACGAGAGGAGCAUAUUUACAAGAAUUUAUACAGCCGCCACAAGGAAUACCUAAAUAGCCUGGUGGGCUCUGAGUUUGAGAUGCCUCCUGCUGGUGUUUUACGUCUUUUUGUUAAUGGAGAAAUAAUCUCUGCUCAGAAGUAUGAGUUUGAUAAUCUUUAUGUUCAUUUCUUCAUGGAGCUGCCAAAAUACUGGUCAAGCCCAGCUUUCCAGGAGCUUUCAGGAGUAACACAAAGUUGUAAAUCAAAAUCACAUGGAAGGGAAAGCAUUGCACACUUCAGUUAUCCUUUCAGUUUUGAGGCCUUAUUGUCUGAAGAGGCAGAAUCAGAGGAGAUCCCUCAGUGGCCUAUUCUGUACUUUGAAGUUCUUUCUCUGGAUUUCUGGCAGAGAUAUCGAGUUGAAGGAUACGGGUCUAUUGUGUUGCCAGUAACUCCAGGAAUGCAUACCAUAACUGUUCAAACAUGGAGGCCACUAGAAAUGGGAACAGUCUCAGAGCUUAGAAGGUUUUUUAUUGGGGGAUCACCAGAACUGGAGGACUUGACUUAUGCCAGGAUACCUGGAACAUUCCAGGGUGAGCGCCUCAGUCGAAUUGGUUUUAGGACUACAACAACUGGGAGUGUAACUUUUCGAUUCCACUGUAUACAACAGUCACGAUCUUUCCUUGACAGAGGCUCUCUACGAAAAAGAAUGCAGAAUGUGUUGGAUCGUCUGGGAGGCUUUAGCCAGCAAACCUCCAUACACAACGUCCUCGAUGCUUUCCAAAGAGCACGACGGCGCAUGCAGAUGGCCAGAGAAAGUCUUCCUCAGGAUCUUCUAAGUACCUCCAAGUUACCACAGCAACAGCCCACAGCCUGAAAGUCAGGAGGUGGAGAAUAUAUCUUAUAUUAAAGGAAGCCAAUGCCCUUGUAAAGGGACCAUUAUCAAUGUAUGUUGCAAUCAGGAUAAUAAUCUGGCAAUGAUGCUGUGAUAUGAUUUGUAAGCUCUUGACUGUCCAUAGAUGCUGUGUAAAUUAUAGUGUUCAAUGUUUUCAUGUUGGAAACAAUCAGGCCAAGUUUGGACCUUUACUUAUAUAGUAGUCACAGCUGUUGUUGUUAAAUUUAUAAAUGAUAAAAAAGACAUCCUAUUAGCAAACCAUAGUUAUUAAUAUUUGUGUAAUAUGUUCACAACAUUUUUUAUGCUUUUUCUUUGGAAGAUGUUAUACUUGAGAAAUAAUUUAUUUUUCACCUGUAUCUGAACACCAAAUAGUCUGUAAUUAAUAAUUUUAUCUAAAGAUAAUUGUAAAAUGAAGAAGGCUAAACUAGUGUUUUACAGAUUCUGCAGUGGCCUGGAAUAUUUGCAUAUAUGGAAAGCUUAGUCCUUCACGACAUUAAUUUAAAUUUGCAUUAAAUUAUUAAAUUAAACAUGAUUUUUUUUAUGUAGCCCAGAAUUCAAACAUUACUGUACAAAGUGUUACUUUAUUUUGAUAAACAUAUAAAACCGUAUCACAUUUUUUU